GCGGCGGGGCCCGGCUGUCAUGGAGGCGCCGGACGGAGCGCGGGCAGCGGCGGCGGGCGCGUCCUUCUGAGGGCGGCGGCGGCGGCGGCGGCGGCGGGAGGCGGCCCGGACCGCCCCGGGAAGAUUUGUGAUAAGCACAGCCUGCGCUUCGUCAGGACCCUGUUUGGAGUCUCCAUGUUGUCCUAUCUGGAUGAAACUGAUCUGAGAAGAAGGUGGGGACAUUCUGUUUGGGCUAAGCACUUACAGUAAACUCUUGGCUGAAAAAUUCAGGUGUGUAUCCAUCGGGAAGUAGAGAGGUCAAGGCUAAAUGGAUCUAAAGACAGCAGUCUUCAACGCUGCUCGUGAUGGCAAGCUGCGGCUCCUUUCCAAGCUACUGGCAAGCAAAACAAGGGAAGAGGUGGCCCAGCUGAUGUCAGAAAAAACCAAUGGUGCCACGCCACUUCUCAUGGCAGCCCGCUAUGGUCACCUCGACAUGGUGGAAUACUUGUUGGACCAUUGCUCUGCCUCGAUAGAGGUUGGUGGCUCGGUGAAUUUUGAUGGUGAGACCAUCGAGGGAGCUCCGCCGCUGUGGGCAGCAUCGGCCGCCGGCCACUUGAAGGUUGUUCAGUGUCUGUUGGAUCAUGGUGCGUCUGUCAACAACACAACGCUGACAAAUUCAACGCCUCUUAGAGCUGCCUGUUUUGAUGGUCACCUGGAAAUAGUCAAGUACCUUGUAGAGCACAAAGCAGACCUGGAAGUAUCAAACCGUCACGGGCAUACGUGCUUGAUGAUCUCAUGUUACAAAGGCCACAAAGAAAUAGCUCAGUAUUUACUUGAAAAAGGAGCGGAUGUGAACAGAAAAAGUGUUAAAGGAAAUACAGCACUACAUGACUGUGCAGAAUCUGGAAGUUUGGAGAUCAUGAAGAUGCUUCUGAAAUACUGUGCUAAAAUGGAAAAGGAUGGUUAUGGAAUGACUCCCCUUCUGUCCGCCAGUGUGACAGGCCACACAAAUAUAGUGGACUUUCUGACCCAGCAUGUACAGACCAGUAAGGCUGAGCGCAUAAAUGCCCUGGAACUUCUAGGAGCAACAUUUGUGGACAAAAAGAGAGAUCUGCUUGGUGCUUUGAAAUACUGGAAAAGAGCUAUGGAAAUGAGAUACAGUGAUAGGACUAAUAUCCUCAGCAAACCUGUGCCACAAACACUAAUUAUGGCUUAUGAUUAUGCUAAAGAGGUAAACAGCUCAGAAGAGCUAGAAAAUCUUAUUGCAGACCCAGAUGAAAUGAGAAUGCAAGCAUUAUUAAUUAGAGAACGUAUUCUUGGCCCUUCACACCCAGACACAUCCUACUAUAUUAGAUACAGAGGUGCUGUAUAUGCAGACUCUGGAAACUUCAAGCGUUGCAUCAAUUUAUGGAAGUAUGCUUUGGACAUGCAGCAGAGCAAUCUUGAUCCUCUAAGCCCUAUGACAGCCAGCAGUUUGCUGUCAUUUGCUGAACUUUUCUCCUUCAUGCUUCAGGAUAGGGCAAAAGGCCUGCUAGGCACUACUGUCACUUUUGAUGAUCUGAUGGGUAUACUGUGCAAAAGCGUUCUUGAAAUAGAACGGGCCAUGAAACAAACCCAAUGUCUUCCUGAUCCAGUACAGCUGAACAAAGCUCUUUCCAUAAUUUUGCAUUUAAUUUGCUUGUUGGAGAAAGUACCUUGCAGCUCAGAACAGGAACAUUUCAAGAAACAAACUAUUUACAAGUUUCUUAAGCUUCAGCCUAGAGGAAAGAAUAACUUCAGUCCACUUCACCUUGCUGUUGACAAUAAUACUACAUGUGUCGGUCGCUACCCAGUUUGUAAAUUCCCCUCUCUACAAGUUACUGCUAUCCUGGUGGAAUGUGGUGCUGAUGUAAAUGUCAGAGACUCUGAUAACAACAGUCCAUUACACAUUGCUGCACUGAACAACCAUCCAGACAUCAUGAAUCUUCUUAUCAAGUCAGGUUCACAUUUCGAUGCCACAAACUCAUGUAAACAAACAGCUAGUGAUUUGCUGGAUGAGAAGGAAAUAGCAAAGAAUUUAAUCCAGCCCAUAAAUCAUACUACUUUGCAGUGUCUUGCUGCUCGUGUAAUAGUGAAUCAUAACAUAUCCUAUGCAGGGCAUAUCCCUGAAAAACUAGAGAACUUUGUUUUGCUCCAUAGAUGAUAGUGUGGCGUUCCAGAGUACUGUUCUUGAAGCACGACAUGGUGAUAUUUUCCUUGAGCACCGUUGUGAUACACCAGCGUUCCUUUAGCUUGCUCCAUUUUGCUCUCAUUGCCUAGUGUUGUUAGCAUCAGAUUUGCAGAGUUGGUUACCCAGUAUUUAAUAUGAAUAUGCCAUAUAAUAUAUUUUGUGGAUUAUUUAGAAAUGUAAUGCCAUAUUUAGACUUUAAAUUGUCUGCCAAAGGCUUGUCUUUUCUGGUCUUAUUUGCCUGUUGGGUGUUUGGGACUGAGUUGAGUAUUUUCCACUGAUGUCUUUUUACUAUAACUGUUAUGUGGAUUUUAUACAGUGGGAAGGUCAUCUUUUUUUGGUUUUGCUUGAGCGUUUCUACUCCUACUCUCUUCUUUUUCUAUGGACUCAUUGCUAAACUGUGCAAGUUGUAUGGACUUGUUAACAUUUGCAACUACCAUAAGUGCUUUUAUCUUCUCUAUGCACUGGCUUUAACAUGACUGUUGUGUGUGAGCAUAUUUCUAUGCAUCACUUGGCCAAUUUCAACUUAAAUGCCAAUCUUGUUUUGCAGUUUGUUUAAAGCUCUCUUGAGAAUGCUGUCUUCAUAGCAUGAUGAAUUUUGGAGUUAUUUAUCAGCUUUCCAAACUUGGGUUUGAUUUUUUUGACUGCUUUAACUGAGGUUGCUUUCAUUUUGAUCCUCUGAAAUUUUUUCCUAAACUGGGGAGAAGAAAAUCUUGCUUUUUCUGAUUGUAGUCCACUUGAACUUUAAAUCUGAAAAUUGUUCUGUUGCAUCGUGCAGCUAGGGGAAGAGUCCUCAUGGUGUACAACUGACGCCUUCCCCUCUGCACUGUCUUGCUUGUGCCAGUUAUGUGACUAGAUGUGAAGUUUGCUCAAAGUUUAACCUCAAACCUUAAUGAUACACUUCUCUGAGAAAUAGAUCAAAUAUAUGCUCUGCUUUAAAAUCUGCAAAUCAGCUUUAGCUUACAAAAGAAAACUAAAGCAUGUUGAUGGCAUGAUGUUUAUCAGUCCAGAUGUAGACAUCAUAUAGUAUAGUAAGUGGCUGUCUGCCAGGGUAUUGAAAGUUCUAUAGCAGUGUCCUUUUUUUUUUCUUCAUUUUAAGUAUCUUUAUAAAUACUUGCAUGGAUUUUUCAUCUCUGCUAUGUCAGUUGUACGUAACAAAAGCAGAAGUUCUGUUGUGUAUAUAGCUCCUAUUAAAGUACCUAUUUUUUAUAAUAUUUGCACAACAGCUUAGCUUUUGCAACAGAAAGGGCUCUUUUGACUUGAUAAGAAGUCUAUAAAUGGAGAUCAUAAAUGCGAGUGCGAUUCAGGUAAUUAAUAUAAUUCAGCACUUUACUGUUGAUUAAUAGUAGGAUUUAUUAUGGCACAUUAGCCCUAAAAUGUCUUAAAGUGAAAUUAAUUUCUGUUGGAUAGGAUACAGUUUACUUGCAAAUUUAGUCGUCUAGCAUUUUGGGUAUUUUUGGCUUAAUGUUUCAUCUCAGUUGUGGGCAGUAAGUAUACCUAUGGGGUUCUUGCUCCAGAAAUCUAACAACUGGUUUUAUGCCUUUGUCAGAGAUAAGAGAUGUUUAGAAUCCAAACUGGUUAGGUUAGGAGGGUCUUUGUAAUACUUUAACUUUUAAGUUGAUGUUAGAACACUUUUGUUAUUUGUGGUUGAACUUGAGGAAGAACAUGUCUUGGGAGCACAUAAGAAUAGCCCUUCCUUGUUCUUGUUCUGUUUUGGCAUUCCUGCCAGUGUAUGGCAGUGUACAGGUGCCUACUAGCUUAGCCAUUUUUGCAAAAAUUAUGGGGAUGUUUUUAAGCAAAGAUAUGUUGAAUGCAGUGCUGUUUGUGUGUUGUCACUACCAGACUUGCUGUUUUGAAGCAAUUUUCUCUGGUUUGUCCCUUGCUGUGUCUAUGUUGUAUACUAUUAGAAGAAUCAUAGAAUCAUUUAGGUUGGAAAAGAUCCUUAAGAUCAUUGAGUCCAACCCUUAACCCAGCACUGCCAAGUCCAGCACUAAACCAUGUCCUUAAGUGCCACAUUUACACGUGUUUCAAAUACCUCCAGCCAUGGUGACUCAACUGCUUCCUUUGGGCAGCCUGUUACAUUGGUUAACCACUCUUUCCACUAAGGAGUUUUUCCUAGUAUCCAAUCUGUAACUCCCCUAAUUCAGCUUGAGGCCAUUUCUCCUUGUAUUGCUUGUAACUUGGGAGAAGAGGCCAACCCCUGCCUUGUGAAGUAAUUGUAGAGAGUUGUAAGUUCUCCGCUGAACCUCCUUCUAUCCAGGCUGAACAACCCUAGCUCCAUUGGCUACUCCUCAUCGGACUUGUGAUCCAAACCCUUCCCCAGCUCCACUGCCUUCCCUGGACAUGCUCUGGCACCUUGGUAUCUUUGAUGUAAUGAGGGACCCAAAACUGAACUCAGCACUUGAGGCAUGGCUUCACUGUACAGGGGACAAUCACUGCCCUGGUCCUGCUGGCCACGCUAUUGCUGAUACAGGCCAGAUGCAGGUUUUUCUGGCAUCACACAAGACUAAACUCUAGUCAGUUGACUGAAUUGCUGUGAUUUGCAGUGCUUAGGACACGUGCCACUCAGCUUUUUAUUUGUGAGGACGUGUAGUUUGCUUUUUGAAUUUAUACAUUUUAAUGCUUUUCUGCUGCUCUUUAGAUGGGGAUAAUCAGCAAAUGAUACCAUACUAGAAUUAUACAUCAAGUCACAAAAUUAAUUAUUUUUUUAUAGGUCUCAGAGAAAAGGAUUUUUAGAGUUUUUUACUUUGGAAUCUGUCCUGCUCUUUGGUGGUUUUAGUUUUAAUUCCUGUCUUUAUAACUGACAUUUAGCCUGCUUAAGAUUCGUUGGUUGGUUGUUCAGCCUGAGGAAGAGAAGGCUGCAGGGAGACCUUGUAUAGGACCUUCCAGUACCUAAAGGAGGCUACAAAAGAGCUGGAGAGAGACUUUUUACAAAGUCGUGGGGUGGAAGGACAAGGGAGAAUGACUUUAAACGGAGAAGGGUGAGAUUUAGCUUUGAUAUAAGGAAGAAAUUGUUUACUCUGAAUGGUGAGGCACUGGCAAAGGUUGUCCAGAGGAGUUGUGGAUGCCCCGUUCAAGGCAAGACUGCAUGGGGCUCUGGUCCAGUGGAAGGUGUCUCUGUGCAUGACAGAGAGGUUGGAACUAGGUGAUCUUUAAAGUCCCUUCCAACUCAAAUCAUUCUAUGAUUUAUGAUUAUUAGUUCAGAAAUAUAAUGUAAAAUUUUUUAAUGUUAGCAAUUUUUUAAAUGGAAAGCAUUCCCAAAAGUGAAAGCAUAUCAGUAUUAGUUCUAUGUAAAUCUAGUGAAUAUUGCUCCAAGAAAGGCUUACUGUGUUAGCUGCUCUUUAGAAACAAACCAGGCUGUUAUAAAUGCUGAUUUAUUGCACGAAUUUCUGUGUAAAUAUCUACUGAUGUGCAUCAGUCCGAAGGAUUUAUCACCUCCAUGCUGAAUUUAAUUUUUCUUGGUGAUGAAGCUCUCUGCUGAAGAGAGCUUAUCUUGCCAGAUUACUUAGACUUAGGUGACCUGGCAGAUGAAUUCAAGCAUUUUUGGCCACUUUGCAUUUAGACCUAUGUGUUUACACAACUUUGUUUUAUUUAUCUUAAUUUUAAUUUUGUAAUAUUUUUAACUCAUUCUUUUACCAUUUAUCUCCCUAUUUGGCCUUUUUUUCUGAUGAACACACUGCUUCUGAGCUACUGACACAAAAAUGCUGAGAACACUGCAGAAAUAAUUAUAUGCCCUGCAGAGAUGAAACAAGUUUUAAAUUGAUUAAACAGCUUACAGGUAUUCCCCCUAAAGACAAAGGAACUGAUACCUCCUUGCUUGGUAUCAGUUGAGACCUCUAAGCUGCAUUUUUUGGGGAAGGGGAUAAAUGCACAGAGCAGCUUUUCUUCUGAUAGUUGUGGGUUUCAACUGAAGUACUUCAACAAGGAAGAUUGAAAAUAUUCUCAUUAAAAAAAAAUUAAAAUUAAGUUCCUAUUUUUGUAUCACUUAGGCUGGUGACAAGAUUCCAGCUGUCUGCAGUGUCUCUGUUCUCUUUGUUAGGUGCAGUGUAAAGACAUUUUCUGAAAUGCAAGGCAACAUUGUGGUUAUUUUUCCAUAUAUACUUCACAACACUCCCUGGAUAGGAAGUAGUCUUGUGUUGUUCCUAAGUUCACAAAGAGCUGUCUUUUAACAACUGUUUUGCAACUGGUUAAAAUUAACCUCUUUCUAUUUUUACAAACACUACUUUAAAGAAAGUAAUGCAGUGCUAUAGCAAAAUCCUUAAAGGAGCAUUUGUAAUUAGAUAAAAACCUUUUGAGGAAAAAGUGUGCCUUGCGUCAGUUUUGUAUCAGCUGCAAGGUGACAGUGGAGGGAUAUGGCUGCUCUUGAAAUAGCUUUGAAAUGCUUUGAAAUAUAGAGUGGAGUGACUGUUAUACUCUAAAAUGUUGAGAAGCAUGAAAAAGUUGACUAAACACUAAUUUUACCUUCUGUGAAUAAAAUGACACCAACUGGUAUUUAACGCUUCAAAGUAAUUUUGGUAAUUUUGAUGAGAGACAUACUAGACUGCUCAUAUUUCUUGCUUUUGAGUGUAAAAGUAACUGUUGAGCCCUCAGUGAGGGCAGAGUGAAAAGCUGUUGUUGGUUUGGUUUUAAAUAAUGUUGUAUUUGUGUUCCAUUCUAUUGCAAAGACUUCCUAUGCAGGGCUAGCUCCAUGUAUGGAAAUAUUGCAGUUUCUUUUUUACAUGAAGUAAUUUAGCUUUAACAGUAAUGUAAAAAAGGAAUAACAAGCAUAUUUCUCUGCUCCUACUCUCUUUAGGCUCCAAAUGCAGAUUACAUUAAAAAUAUGUUUUGGAAAACACCUGUCCGAGUGUAUAUAUGUGUUUUCUCUAGGGUAUUGCAGUACUGGUUGGUAAACUACUUUUUUUAUUGAGUAGCUAAAUGUAAAUGCUGCAGCUUCAACCUUCCUGUCACUAAGAAUUGUGCCUUAAGCAAAAAGUCAUAUCUCAUGCUCUUUCUUUCUGUGAAAUUAUGGUCUGGCAAAGCCUUUAAAUUUCACUGGUGGGUAGUAGUAAAGAAGAGGCUUAAACUGAAUGAUACAGGAGAAACUAUUUUCCCACUUUCUAGAAAAAGCAUUUAGUCAUACUGUUAACCAGGGGAAACAGUAUCUCCAGUUUGUAACCUAAAAGUAGAUAGCAAUGCUUUUUGUACAAAGUAAGCAGCAGACAGUUUUCAAGAAAGCUGUACAAAUUAAUUUUGUUCUUCAUCCUUUUGUAGGACCUUCCAUAUUGCAUUAACAAUGUAAAAAAUAGAGGAAUAGAACAUCUCAAGGGUGAGAGAAGCAAAAGGUCCUUAUUAGAGGGAGCUGGAGAUUUGAAGAAUAUUGCCAUUGUAAUUUCAAAAUACCUUUAUAGUUAGGCACAGUAGUCCCAAUCCUAUCCUGUAUGGAAGGGUAUAUUUCAGAGAGCUGGAACUUUACAUUAGGGCUGAUCAGUAACAAUAGGAUCAAAAAAGGUGAGGCUCUGGAUGAGGAAAUCUGCUCCAGAACUUUGCAGUAGAAUAAUUGUCACACAGAUGGCUGUAGUGAACCGAAUGUAGAUUCUCUUAAUUAAGAAAGGGAAAAACUGGAAAGGAUCAUUUACAUCAUUAUUCAUCCUUCUGCAGCUGAAAGAUGUCUGCUGUUACCUAAAGUGUGUAACCAUCCAAAAAUGGCUUCUUGGCAGUAGCAAGUGCUGGCGGCUGAUGCUUGAAGACCAAAACUCAUCAUACAAAAUAGUGCAGGAUUAGGGAAAAGAGACCAAGUGUGAGGUGUGUUGCUCUGGCAUGGGCAAUACUUGUUUUGUCCAUAAUAUCCAGAGGGCCAAAUGCCAUCCACAGUGAACAGCAGAAGGCCCUUCUCCCCUCUCCAAAGGCCUACCUUGCAGCUGAUCUCUAGUAUUCAGAAAAAUUGAGAAGACGUUAUACUCAGAAGUUAUGGACAACAGUUUUGAACUAUGCACACAGGGGAAAAAAAGAAUCGCAUUCUGAUUUAUCUGUCUGUCAGAAGCCAGUGAGUGUGAGGCAAUGUAAAUUAUGAAAAUGGCAACCACAUCUCUCAUCAGAUCAUAAAACAUGAUCAUGACACAUGAUCUGGGUUCCUCUCUGAAGUUCAAAGGGUUGCUUCUAUCAUAUCUCCUGAAGAUUUAUCAAGUCAUAAGUUCCUUACCAAAAAUUCUCCUUAGAAGAUUAUUUAGAAUUCCCAUCUAUCAGUAAUUAGAAACCUAAUUCCCAUUUGAAAUACAUGUUUUCCUAGCUUUGUAUGUGUGAUGUUCUCAUAGUUUCAGUUCUUGUCCGUCCUUCAGAGAGAGUUGUUCGCUCUCAGCCUUUAUCUGGUUAGGCUAAAUCAACCAACCAAAAGAACACACAAGCUGUAAGAAUGAGCAAAAACCAGAAUAGAUCUAGAGUUUAGUAAGCUGACAGGAUGGUUCGGUUUUCCCUUUUCCCCUCUCUGGAUUGCAUGCUCCUCAAAAACCCCAGAAUCCACUGGUUCACCAAACACUUUUUGCUGCUGAACCUGCAAUUUAAAUUGCA